AUGGAGCCUUUUCAAAAGGGCAUCUUCCUCGCUCUAUGCGGUCUUGGUCUGAUUCAUGAGACAGUUGCGUUGUCUGUAGCUGCACGCGAGUCCAAACCGACCGCAGACCGGGCCGUCUACACCUAUCCCUACACAUGUCCUUCCAUCCUUGUCGGCAAUGGGGAUACAUGCGACGAUCUGGCUCUCAAGUGUGGUAUCUCGGCAGCAUCAUUCACGUCCUUCAACCCAGAUACAGCCUGCUCCUCUCUGCCUCGCGGAAAGCCGGUAUGCUGCGCAACAGGAACCCAUAGCAUUCCACCGGACGGUGGUGGUUACUGCUACGCUUACACUAAUCGCCAUGGUGAUACCUGCGAGAAGAUUGCUGAGGGAUACAAGAUCACCGUGGCCAAUAUCGAGACUUGGAACAUCAAUACCACGGCAUGGUAUGGUUGCAAAAAACUGCAGGAAGGGGGCCAGAUUUGUCUUAGCGCUGGCGACCCCCCAAUGCCUGUUGCAAUUGGCGGUGCAGUCUGUGGCCCCCAGGUGCCUGGAACGGCACGUCCGUUGAGGGGGAUAGGCAUUGCCGCUUUAAACCCAUGCCCUGCGGGUCAAUGUUGCUCUACAAGGGGUCAAUGCGGUACUGGUCCAGACUUCUGUGGCUCAUCUGCACCUGCACCUGCCGCGCCUCCUGCGCCUGCAACUAAAGCCACGUCCGUGAAGACUACAUCUGCAACAACUAAAGCGACAUCGGCUGCCUCUACAACCAAAGCUGUCACGUUGACGGCUAAAGAUGUACCCUCGACAACGAAAAACAAGAAUCCGCACUUCUUCACGACAGAUAUACCCCUGAUCGAUGUACCCUUGACAUAUCUACACGAGACCACUUCCAUGCCAGCUGCCGAUCCUACUAGUGCUACUACUACUGCCAUUGGCACUGGCACUGCAUUCCUGAACGUGGCCAACAAGAUCAGUAUUUUGGCGAGCCGUCUGCGGGAGGCAAGCACAAGUACUACCAAGACCACGUCUUCUACAACAAGCAAAAGCUCCGCAACCAAGAGCUCCCCACCUUCCGCGACACAAACCGUGGAUGGUAUCAUCAACGUACAAAACGGAUGGUCGCUGAAGAUGUACGAUGGCAUUGGUUGCACUGGUAGCUACGUGCUGCUCCAAGGUCACAACAAAUAUUUGGAGGACAGUGAUUGCAUGCAGUUCGGCAAGGGGAGCAAGCUCGAGACCCUGGUCAAGGACACGGCCGUUUCAUGUCGUUCGUGGACUAUACCAGAAAGCGGUAAUUGGGAGUGGACGGACUGUCACAAGGAUUCUCUGGAUGAUCCCAAAUCGUGGCGUAUGUCGAAUGGUCUCUGUACCGUCUCUCCUAAUGACAAGUGCGAUCUUGUCAACGAUAUUUCCCAGACUUAUGGCUGGCGGGGUCCUGGUUUGUGCCAGGAUCGCCAGCUGAUGGAUCCUAAAUUUGGAUCUAUGAAGUGUUAUGUUGGAUGA